AUGGCGAAUAUCACCAAUUUGAAUAAGCCGAAAGACGCGUUCGAGCAGCUUGAAGACGAACACGGUGCUCGUCAAGGCUUUUGCCACAUUCGAAUCCAGCAGCGUACUGGAAGGAAAACUAUUACGACUGUUCAGGGUGUUGGUACUGAGUACGAUUUGAAGAGGAUUGUCAGAUUCCUCAAAAAGAGUUGGUUUGUGCCGGACGAAAUCUAUCAGUCGUCUGAAGUUGCUCAUCGUGCUGUGUUUGGCACCGGUCACUUGAGCUGGGAGUGGAAAUAUGGUCUACGCUCUCCGCUUCAUCCUGCAAUCUUUGCCGUCAUAUUCAAAGUUCUCAAGAGAUUUGGACGCUUUUUCGUUUUCGUUAUGAUAUUUGUGAACGCCUGCAUAGUCCUUUAUUGCGGUCUUCGCCACCAAGUGGGUCCUUAUAAUGCAGCCGAUUCUUUGCUGUCAAUCGCCCGUAAAGGAGAAAACGUCUCCGUGGCGGCUUUGAUGCCGUGCUACUCCGUUCCUGGACAGAGCUAUUUCCACGACGAAGUUCGCUCGAUUCGCAUGUUAGAUUGCACUCCUAAUGUUGGCAGUGACGAGGGCAGCGGAGAGGCCGAUCAGUUCCACAAGGAUCCAGAAAUGUGGCUCGAUCGUCACUGGGAGGAGAAAUAUAGUUGUAAUGGAACAAUCGUUGAACAUCCUGAAUAUGGAGAGGUAAUGCAGUUGAGUGGCGACCAAAGACAACAGAUUAAAGAUUUUCUUGUCAAUGUCGGUAUUGUGAAGGAGGAGAACUGUAAGGUUCACGGUUUCUGA